AUCCCUCGUAACCUCGUUAGAGAGCGCCACCAUCGAGGUUUGGACAAAAACCACUCGCAAUACCUCACGCGCGUGUACCGGUACCCGUCAGUCCUCGGUCCUCACCCUCCCGUAUAUAAGGUUAUCGAUUAACUUUAACCUAUCUAGACUCGUUUCAGCAAGUCGGGAGACUCGUGACGAGUGUUCUGUAAGUGCUACUGAAGGUAAAACUUGUGUGGAAACAUGGGGAAAAGGAAGUCAAGGGCGAAGCCACCUCCGAAGAAGAGGAUGGACAAACUUGAGACUGUCUUUAGCUGUCCUUUCUGCAAUCAUGGAAGCAGUGUUGAGUGUCGAAUUGAUAUGAAGAAUGCAAUUGGGGAAGCUGUCUGCCGGAUUUGUCAAGAGAGUUUCAGCACAACUGUCACUACUUUAUCUGAACCCAUUGACAUAUACAGCGAAUGGAUCGAUGAAUGUGAGCGGGUCAACAACCUUGAAGAUGAAGCUGCAUAGGCACAAGUAUUUAGUGCUGUGACUAAAUAAUUGUUGGAAGGAAGUUAUACAAGUAGUUGGUAAAGAAAAUAUAUGCAGAAGUAGCUUUUAGGUAGGAGGUUUCUCAUAGAUGUUGGCUGCAUCUGACUAGAUAGAUGCUGACUGUGAAUUGAUACCCGUGAUAGCAUACAAAUAUGUUAUAUGUAUUUAGUUCGUUUGUAGCUGUGGAAAAUAUUUGCUAGCAACUUAAAACGGAGAAACUGUGCUCGAGUAGGGCUGUCAAACGGUGCGUGUUUUCAAUUAUUCGAUCUGAUUUUGGUUCGGUUUA